AUGCGAAGAACAGUCGACCAGUGUCCUGCCGACAUUGUCUUAGCACCAUCAGGGUGCCACUUGACUGACCUCGAGUACGCCGACGAUGUUGUUAUAUUCGCGGAAAGCAGCACGAAACUUCAACAUGUUGUCAACUUUGUAUCGAAGCUGGCUGCAGCGUACGGACUACGCCUACGCCCUGAUAAAUGCAAGCAGAUGUGGAUCUCUUCGAGACCUCGAACGGGAAUCAGGAUGGACGGAAAACCGAUAGAACUCGUCGAUGAGUUCUGUUACCUGAGCUGUAUGCUGAAGAACAACGGCAGCUACGUGAGAGAUGUUCAGCAAAGAUGCGCUAAGGCCACUUCUGCAUUUAACUCCUUAGCGAAAUGUCUGUGGUCUACCCCCAUCACCAACGAAGUCAAGCUGCGAGUCUACCUAUCCGCAAUUCGCCCCAUCACGAUGCACGGAUCGGAGACUUGGGCAGCACCACCAACGGUUAUGGAGAGGGUUGACUGCACGGAACGAAAGCUGCUUAGACGGCUACUUGGCUACUUUUGGCCUAGGUUAUGCCACAAUGAAGAUCUUUACGCAGAAAUUGAUGUGGAUUACCAGCGGAUGACACGUGGAAGAUAUCAACAUCUCGCAACACCUUCGAAAGCGGCUAAAGUAGAUCGUCUUCGCUUCUUUGGUCAUAUAUUAAGGAAACCGGCAGAUCGCCUUGUCCAACGAGUUCUGAAGAGUUCGUCGGGUUCGAGCUGGAAGAAGCCACCUAGCCGAAAAAGAAAGUUCUGGACUGAAGUGGUAAAAGAUGACCUGAGGACACUCGGCGUGGAUAGGCAGUUCAGGCGAGACGUAAGGUUUCGCAGAACAUGGAAUAGCGACGAAUGGAUUGAUUCUGUGCAAGCUCUCGCAGAAGAUCGAGAAGGUUGGGCAGAGCUGUGUUCAAAGACGGCAUACCUCGGCGAAGAUGCGGGUAAUCGCGUCAGGCGAUGA